UCUCUCGGCGAAAUAGUGGCGACAGCCAAACAAUGGGAUCGCUCAUUCCAGUAUGUAUAGAGUUCAAUGGUUUAUGCUCGGUCCCGUUAAUUUAAGGAAGAUGUUUUUUUCAUUGCCAACGAAUAGACGUCUUCAAUGUAGCAAAAAUUGCAUAAUGUUUUAAUGAUACCAAUGGAAACUAAAGUAACUAGUAAAACCAGUAGUUUAAAAGCUUUAUUGCUACGAGCAUGGCGAGAGCGAUGGACCGAUUUGCAAUGGGGUAUUAAUAUCAAAACAAUUCUUCCAAGGGGGGUAAGCGGUGAUGUACAUAACUUAGCUGAUUGUAUAUUGCAACAAGCAUUAGUAGGACCAGGACCUAAUCAAUUAGUUCUGUCAUAUCUGAAACAUUCCUUAAGCUCUCAGUUGGUGUCAUAUGCAGCAGUAUUGCAGCGAAUAAGUAAAUAUGAUGCAUUUCACAAACCUCAUUGUAUCUUGAGUUUACUCGAGUUUCUAGAAUCGAUACAAAUUGGUAUCACGUGCCGCGGUAAACCAGAAGAGGAUCUCUUAGCAGCCGCAGUUUUAUCUAUUGUUCAUUGGCUCUUGCAAUGUUAUUUGCAUGCAUUAACAAAGGUACCACAGAGUAAUCCUCUUACUCUGCAUUCAAGUGAGCUAAUAGACAAACCUGCCAGUAUUUUGCAGCAGGUGCUGAAUUCAGAUUUUCUAUGCGCGAUGAUGUAUCUAGCCAAAUAUGAUGACAAAGAUUUGUAUAUAGAUGUUGUGAAGAAAUGUCAGGAGAUCGAGACAUUACUAAAGACAAGCAGUCAAAAGUCUGUAGUAGCAAUAGAGGAUUCUUUGAAAAAAUUGUGCAAUCUAGAGAUCGAGAGUCUCUGUCCUGAGAAAAUUAAAAUGGAAUCCAUUACUCAUUGCUUACAACCACUUUUUGCUGUUCAAGUGUUAUUAAAUCCUAGCACUGAGACGACUGUGUUUGUCAAUCAGCUAUUGAUGGUGCAAAGGUUAAAGACUUAUACGAAUGCUCGGCUUUAUUGCGAGAUAAUUCGCGCUUGUUUAAUGUGUCUGCACAAUGUGACAGGAACAUUCAAAGAAUCACAAUGGGGAGCUUUCAUGUUUUUAAAAGUACCUCUCAUAUUGAAAGAGUUGCACGCGACUACUGUAAAUAGUGAUGAGAAGAUGGAGUAUUCGCAAGAUAUUUUAGAUGCGUUCGAAUUGUUACUUCAGUUUACACCUUUACUCGAUAUAAUGGAUUCUACAUGCUCAUGUAAUUAUGUAGAAUGUUUGCUAAAUGAAUUGCAGAAGGUAAAUCUUGUGACGGAGAAGCAGGCAAAGCAAAUAAGUGCGAGAAGGGAGGGAGUAACAGCAGCUCUUCAAAAAUUGGAACCAUCUAGCACUCCGACAUCGUCCAUCCCAAAGGUUAUUAUAUGCGCGGAACCGACACUAGCCGGCAUCUUGAAGACGUUGAAUGCUGAUUACACGAAGAGCUCCUUAUUGAGUAUGUUGUAUCAUGUUUUGAACAGUUUUGAAUUAAUGCUGGCUGUGGCAACAGUAGAAGGGAAGCUUAAGACUUUCGUUACCAAACUUAUCAAGCUCAAUGAAUGCAGUAAACAGAUCAAUGAACCUGUGCCUGGCAAAACGGCAGCGACGAGAGCAAUGUCAUUCGAUGUAUCAUUCCUUAUGUUGUGCUCCAUAGUGCAAACGUAUGGCUCCGAUGUUGUCUUAGAAGAAGGCGGGGAUUCGUUUUUCGAACAAUGGGUGCGCGAAUGCAUGCCUGAAAGAAAGAAGCCAAAGUCACCACAGAGAAUGUUGCAGAGCAUUGAUCCGGCGAGAGUGGAUACUCUGUUAACGCAAUUAAAUUCGCCAGAUCCUGAUUUCAAGUCGAGUAAUUUGAAAUGGCACGUCGUGUGCCAGUCAGCGAUGGGUGCGGUGAAGGAGUUACUCUGCGCGUGGGAGAGCGGUGUGCUGGGCGCCGGCGAUGUCAAAAUGGCUCUGGACGGUUUGCGUACGGCGGCGUGCUGUCUACCAGUUUGCGCCGCAGCAUGGCUUUGCGCAUACAUGAGCAUUACGCACCAGGACGCUCUAUUGAAACCAAUGAAUAUGGUUCAGCACUUUCUAACGCCGUUGCCGGGUGACGAUAUGCAGGACAAUCUUAAAGAGAGAUCUAGCUUAAUGUUUCAAAUAAUUCGGAAAAUGCAAUAUGAUGUACAUCCGCCUACACAAUCGAAAACAAAGGUGCUUUCAAUGUCCCAUAGCAUUAUUUCACGGCAGCCGAUACUGGAACAAUUGGAAUCUGUUUGGCAGAACAUAAAUCAACGUGGGUGGAUAAACAUACAAGCUACACAGUCACUAGAAUCUCUGUUAAAUACUGGUGGUUCUUCAUGGUUUGUUACGAAUAUUGUAAAGGAAGUAUUGAAAUAUCGUUACCAAGAAGAAUUGGAUCAAGCUGUAGAUCUGGCCUUUGCCAUUUUCCAUCUUGAUAUAGAGAAUUGCACUCUGGAUCUCAUAAAUCACCUAAUACCGCAAUACUUGGACAAUUCGUUGCAAAGCGAUGAGCUUGUAGAACCGCAGUCGUCUAUCCUGGCAAAAUUAUGUGUUUAUUGUAUAUUUUCCACUUUGGAAUACAACAACUCGAAUCCAUAUCGGAGUAACAGUCGUAAGCGCGUGCGGCGUGACUUGGACGCGGACGAUUUAGAUUCAUUAGGCAUGUCUAAUAAGCUCUUGCGACUAAACGAAACGGGCGAGAGUGUUCCCAUGUUCGGUUCACAAAGUCCACAAGCGCAGGGUUCGAAUAAUGGACAAAAAUCUAUGGUCGUUCUGAGGGAUCCACUUAUGACUGCGUUGAACAAUCUGUUCACCAUGUUCGCGUUCCUAGCUGGUAGAGAUGGAGAGGUGUGCCAACAGACCCAUUUUAUAUUUCAGUUCCUGCGAUUUACAGUACAAUGCGGAAAAGAUAGAACUCGUAUUGUGUUGCAGGGAAUGCCACAAACUCUGGUACCAUGUCUUCUCAAAGCAUUACCCGAAUUGUUCACGACUGAUAUUCUACUACGAUUAUACGAUAUACAAACCAUGAUCGGGCGCAUGGCAACUGCACGAGACUUAUGCAUGUUGCGGAAUAUUAACUUGAAGCCCACGAAAUAAACAUACAGAACUUUGUUCUAGAACAGGAUGUUUUUCUAAAUGUGAUUUUAUUGUGAUUAAGUUGUGAUCAGAAAAGAUAUCAUAGAUAUACCUAUAAAUAUUUGUAUAUAUAUAAUAUUUUUCCUGUCCUUAUUAAUUCUAUCUAUUGCUAAAUUAACAGGGCAACUGUAUAUGAUAUAUUUGUACAUUAAGCGUCUGAAAAAAUUCUUUGUGUAUAUGUAUGUGAUAACUGAUGUAUGUGUGUUAUAUAAUUUAUAUAGGCUAUUUUGCAUCAACGCAAAGUACUCUCUUUUGAAUAUAUCUAAUACAUGUUAAAACACUUCAGAAAUAUGAUAAGUCUAUAUAAUUUGUAAGAUCAUUUAAAAUAUGAAAUAAAAUGUAAAAUGGUAUUCAUUUAUAGACUUAUCAUAUUUUUACUAUAGAUCUUUCGUUUAUGAUGUUUAGUUGCCCAAAGCACAUACAAAAUAAUUACAUGUCUAGUUAGGAAAGGAAAUUUCUAAUUGUGAUAAUUUAAAAUAAUAAUGCAAUAAUAUAAUAUAUACAUUUAAAGAAUUGCUAGGACAUUUACUAAGUUGUAUUCAAUUCAUUUAAUUCAAUAAGUUAUACUAAAAAUACAAUAAGUUGUGUAUUUUUGUAAAUAAAUACUAUGUAAGCAUUAAUAAAAUUAUAAUCUAUUAUUUUAUGUAUAAUGUGUAUAGUUUUAACACGCACACUUUUUAAUAUGUAGUAUAAUGUUUACUGAAUUUAUUGUAAAAGAUCUAUAUUUAUGCAUAAAUUUUGUGGCAAGCUUCUCGAAGAAUUUUUUAAUUUACAUGUUUUCACUUUUCACAUAUAGAUAUGUGUAGAAGAUCUAUAUAGAAACUGUAAAUAUAUUCAAAAGCAACGCGUUUAUUCUCCUUGAAAAAUCUUCUUUACAUUUAAUAUCAUAUAUUUCAAAUGACCAAAUUAUUUAUAAUAAAUAAAAAUUUGACGCAUUAUAUU